CGUUCUAUGCUUUUUGUACGUAGGAUGUGGUGGUUGUCGGCGAGGAAAACUUCACCACCCCCUGCUACAUUCAGAUGGAUGAAGAGGCGUGUCACAUCCUCACAGAGACGCUAGGCACGUACUGUUUGGUGGGGCAGUCCGUGAGCGCCGCCACCACCAAAAGACUGAAUCUGGCCAUCUUUGGGCCCGUGAGCUGCACGGUGCUGGAGUACAACAUCAGAGUCUACUGCCUGGAUGACACACAGGACGCGCUGAAGGAAGUUCUUCAGAUGGAGAAGCAGAUGGGCGGGAAGCUUCUGGAUGAACCAAAGUCUCUGAACUUUAAAGACAGCACUCACAACCUGCGUCUGUCCCUGCACGACGUCCCUCACACCCAGUGGAAGAGCAAACUGCUGGCUAAAUACCAGGAGUUGCCGUUCCAGCAGGUGUGGAGCGGAUCUCAGCGGAACCUCCAGUGCACUUUCACUCUGGAGCGAUUCAGUUCGAGUACGCUGGAGCUCGCCUGUAAACUGUGUGUGAGGCAAGUGGAAGGUGAAGGCCAGAUAUUCCAGCUCAACACCACCCUGUCUGAGGACUCUCAGUGCAUUGACACGUCUCUUCUGGACCCGGCCAGUAACAUCACCACACUGGUGGGUCCAAACGCUUUCCGGAUCCCUCUGUCCAUCCGACAAAAGCUGUGCGGGAGUCUAGACGCCCCUCAGACCCGCGGCAACGACUGGAGGAUGCUGGCCCACAAACUCAACCUGGACAGGUAUCUGAACUAUUUUGCGACCAAGUCGAGUCCGACCGGGGUGAUUUUGGACCUUUGGGAGGCGCAGCACUUUCCAGACGGCAAUCUGAACCGGCUGGCCGCGGUGCUGGAGGAGAUUGGUCGCCAUGAAAACAUCGUGCCCAUGGCAACCGAGCACUGACACCUGUCCGUGGUGCCGGGCACAGGAAGCUCUGGGAGGCGAGGGCCAGUCACAGCGGGUGGCACAGAACAGCAGCCAGAUCACUGUGACAUGAGCAGACCUGCUCGAACCGUCCGCUUUUCUGUUUCUUAAAACAACUCGACUCGAAGUCUAAAAAUCUAAAGGAAAGAGGAAAUAAAGACGCCCUGCCGUCUGUACGACCCUGGUUACAGUUGUUUGCUUUUCUAUUCGUCAAAUCAGUUUCUUAGGAAACGGGACUUCUGCUGUCCAGAUACUGGACCCCCAUCCCCUUUACCGGACGUGUGAUGGGAUAAUCAGAACAGGAAGUGGGAGUGGCCUACAGACAGGCAGGGCCGUGUGCUUUUACAUUAAUGCGUUUCAUUUUCCUCAUUGUUUUACUUUUUUGGAAUGGAAACAUUUUUAAACUUCUUUUAUUUAUACUUGUUGUUUUAUUUCACUCUCUUGGUUUUAUGUAUUUGAUUCGUUAUUGGUUAUUUUGUGUUUUAAUUGAGUGCUGGUUUGCUAUUGGCCAUCAACGUGGAUUGUUUUACAGCACCACCCAGUGGACAGAACCCACAACUACACUCUUGUGCUAACACACAGCCUUCUGUAUAUAUGCAUUCACAACAUUGUAAAGUUGAUCAGUGUUAUUAUUCUUAACGAUGAGCAUUUUCUUUAUAGCGUUUUGACCCGUAUCUAACUGCGAUUUCGACAAAAAAAAGAAACUCAAGAUGUUUCAGCAAAGAUUGUGCCGUUUUGUAAAUCUUCACUUGUCCUGGAUGUUGACACCUGCUGCUUUGGAUCAGAAACACGAAGGAGAAGUUCUGGAAGCCAUUUCAGGAAAACAUAUUGGCCAGAGUUCUCUCGUCUUCACCGCCAUCGGCUCGAUUAUGUUCAAGGUCCAGAUCUGAUGUUGGUUUUGCUGAGUUUAGGGCACGUGGACUGUUGUGACUUUACAGGACAGCAACAUUUGUGUGGAGAGAGACACAGAGAGAAUGAGACGCACUGAGACGUGUGUGAGAAACGCUGGAUGCAUGUGACUGUACUGAUGUAUCCGCUGCAGUUAAAAAAGUAUAAUAAUUGUAAAAAAAAGAAAAAUAGCCAUUUGAGUGUUUGCAAUUUACAGCGCGUCUCUGUUCACCGUCAUUUUCCUUGUACAAGUUGUCCAACUUUCUAAAGCUGUCUAUGCAAAUCCUGCAUCCUUUGUAAAACAAAUGCUACAUACUAAAAACCGCUAGCAGUUGCUUUCCAUAGUUAUCAUACGAUGAUUAUAUUUAUAGUGAGGAUGUUACUUAUUCUUUUAUGGCACGUACAUGAUGUAAUUUGCAAACGCUUGCAUCUCUGUGGAGUUUCUGUACAAAAUGUAAGAAAGAAUUUUUAAACAAGUAAUAAAUUAUAUUUAUAUGCAACACUGAAUUUGGGUGUCUCUCGU